UUUUGUUUACAAAAUAUUGUAAAUAAUAGCUCAUUUUCCUUUGGAUUUAUUAAAUCAAGAAAAUAUGUAGUUUACAUUAGAUAGGAACUAAAAUAAAUAAUUUAUACUGGUGUAUUGUGAUAAGUCAAUGAAAACUACUUAAUAUCAUGUUGCUCCCCCCACACACAUUUGCUUUUCUCCAGGUCUAAUUGUACGGCUAAGUUAUUUAACACAAUUAUAUGGUGCAAUCCUGAAUGAUUAAAUAUAUAUUUGACAUGGCUCCUUGAAGUUAAACUCUUUGCUUAUAGAUGAUGAACAUUAAAGGACAUCUGUCACUUGAGAAGGAUCUAAUGAUACUCUAGAAAUUUGAACUUGCACCCCGUACUUCAAGAGAUUUAUAAAUUAAGACCGACUCAUGUGGAGCAAACUAUGCUUGGGACAAGGAUUUUUUCUUAACACCUAACACUGAUGUCGGUAGUACAUUUGAUGACCGAUAAGGUUAGGAUAUUAAAGUCUUUUAGGAGAGAUAGGUUAGUAAUAUUUUUCAGUAUCCUCGUCAAACAAUUUUGAACGAGGUAAACUACGCAGUUAUUUAAGUAGUUACAGAUAAAUCUGCUAUUUACAAUAAACUUGUAGUCUACAUGCUUGUAAUAGUGCAUCAUUUUGAUAAUUACUUGUUUUCAUGAUCAGAUUCUAUUCUAGCAGAUAUAUUUAUCUGAAUUGUGUAUAAAUUUUUAUUUGCCCACCAAAGCAGUUACAAUGGCAGAACAAACACAAGUGCUAUUUUGGAUGUCCUGGAGAACAUUCAUGAAGAGAUUUACUCGACGGUGGUCAGUAGCUCGACGUUUAGAUGUUUCAUGUAUACAGAUUAUAAAGUAGACACUACUAAAUCUUUUAAGGCGACCAAUUAAAAAAUAAGCCGUGCUCUUCUGAAGUUAUUGUUAAAAAAGAAAACAGUGUUUUUAUUUUUCCUUAACAUGGUAACAAAUCAUCUACUUCUAUUGUAACUUUCAAAUCGUUCUUUUAUUUGGUUCCUCUGUUUUAGGCACUCUUUUACUUCAUAGUUCUUCUUUAAACUAACUGAGAUCUACAUAUUUUAUCAUUUAUCUAUAAUUAAGCUUUUAUCCGCUACAAUGUUCUUUGAUUAAUCACUUUAGACUUAUAUGUAUCUUUAUUGAAUUUUCACGAUAUCUCCAGCUAUUUAUAAUGUUAUUCAUAAGCUAGCAGUGGACAUCUGGAUUCAGUAGCAAACUACAUAAUGCGAUCGGUGUUUCAAGCAAAAACUAAUAGGUUUGAGUCCCGAUAUAAAUAUUAACACUGGCACGUAAUUGCAUCUAGCUAAUCAGUCUCAAAUACAACGAGACACGCAUUCUGUAUUCUGAUAUUAGCCACUAUAAAACUUCACUAAAAUUUUCAUCAUUUGUUCAACUUUACCUAAAUCAUCACUUAUACUACUUAUGUUUCCAUAUUAGUAACUUCAAAAAGUGUCCCUUUCUACUACUUAUAUAUGUAUGGUAUUUUUUAUGAAAUGUUUAUUUCUCUUGUAAGGUUCAUGUUAAAAAUGGUGAACAUUUACUUGGCGCCAGAAUGUUAAUUCGUGUAUCAGAGAGUAUAAGUAAAUUUCCUGCUCAUAUUGUUCCAAUUUUAACAAGUACUGUUAUUGAAUGUCAAAAAGCUGGUUUAAAAUCAACAAGUUUUAGUUAUGCCGCAAUGUUAUUACGUCCUGAAUAUCGUGAUAAAUUAGACGUAAAAUAUCGCCGUAAAUUUGAAACACUUGUACGUAGAACUGAUUUAAAAACUGAUAAUGUUGGAGUUUCGUCAAGUGAUAAUGGUUCAAUAUUAAAUCAAACGAAUUAUUCUGUUACUGAAACAUCUACACCAUGUCCAUCAUGUGGAUCACCUUUACUAGAGACUAGUUUAUACUGUACUGAAUGCAGAAGUACUAUACCAUAUUGUGUGAUCACAGGUUAUCAUGUUGUAAAAAAUGAUUUUGCCACAUGUCCUGGAUGCCAAUUUCCUGCAUUAUACAGUGAACUUAUGAAAUAUGUUGAAAACUAUCCAACACCAAUUUGUCCAAUGUGUAAUAUUCAUUUGACACGUGACAGUAUUCGACGUCUAAUUGACUCAAAUGAUAUCUUAAAUGAAUGGAUUAAUUCAUUGAAUGUUGAUAUAUGUGAGGAUGAAUCAAAUGAGAAGAAGAAUAUAGAGUUGAAUAAAUAAACAAUAUUAAUGUGAUAAAGUAA